AUGGCUCAAGAAUUUAUUCAAGAGCUUCCGGAAGAUGACAAUAGAGUUGCUGAUGUCAAAACUGUUUGGGAUAUUCACAUAUCUGGACAUACCCAAGAAUUAAUGUCUGCUGCCCCAAAGCAGAGCUUGGUUUAUACUGUGACAUGUCUGACAAAAAAAAAUCGUAUGUCUUCAUUGUCAGCUUCUGACUGGGACCUGAGGCCAUCCUUUCCCUGUGAUAACUCACUUCCAGGCAAGUCAAGAGACUGGCCAAUUGACCACAUGUCACCAGCGCAUAAUAGCAAAGGCUCACCACAACGGUCAUUCUUCUCUUUCAAUGACCACAGUGCAGAGGUUCUUACUGAACAACUUACCCUGAUAGAACAGGAAUUGUUCCAGCGUGUCCACCCGGUGCUGUUCUUAAAUUCCAAAUACAAUGGUUUUAACACUUCUCUUACCAUUCCUGGUUGGAACAAUCCUCGAUCCAUCAGAAAUAAGCAGAAUUCUGCGACCAAUUUGUUUGUAUCUGACAUUGUACCUCAUUGCUUGUCAGUUGAAACCCAGAUUCGACAUGCACACCAGAUUUCACAUUGGGUUGGUGUGGAGUUAAUUUCUGCAUCUUCUAGCAGAGCUCAAGUAUCACUUUUGACUAAAUUCCUUAACAUUGCACUGUGUUGUACCAAAAUACAGAAUUUUGCAACUGGUAUGGCCAUCUUGGAUGGAUUAGAAAAUGCCUUGGUACGACAGCUACCAACUUGGAAGGAACUAAGUAUAAAAAGCAUCAAUAUUUUCACAAAUCUCAAAACUUUCAAGAAUUCUGAUUAUAUUGGUAUGUCAACUGAAAAACCACAAAUGGAGAAAAUUUGUCAUCCUGUCAUCCCUUCUAUCCUUCCAUAUUUACUGAAUGUCCAACAGUGUGAAAUAGGCAGCUUCACCUUGACCAAUGGUAUGCACAAAUGGACAAAAAUGAGACACAUUACUCGAGCCAUUGAUCCACUUCGUGUAUUUCGGCAAUAUAAAUAUCCAUUUAAGCCAAUUCCUUACUUGCAAAAUUUUCUACAACAACGUAUUGAGCAAACGUGUCACCAAGAUCUCAACGUUUUGGCCAGGGAACAUUCCUCUUUUGAUGACAAAUUGUCAUUUCCAGUCCAGGGUAAAAAAAACUUUGAAAGAGUCAUGAAACGAAUCCGAGACAAACUGAAAACGAACAAGUAA